GUGAUAUCGGGGCAGUGGGUACCCGGAGCUCACUAUGUGCAGGGCUAUACAUCGCUUUCAAUUCACCAAUAUUUUCCUCCUCUCCAGCUACUUCAUUUCCCUCUCCGCCUCUGGAAGCGGUGUUACUGUGAGGGUCCAGCAGAGAGAAUUGAACGGGACCGUGACCCAUUCUGUCCUUCUCCCUGUCUCCUACUCCACACUCACACCCUACUCCGCUUUAAAUAUACAGUGGCUUCUAUUCCCCGGACAAACCCCAUUUGUGAGUCUGAUCCGAUCAAGCUGCUCCCGACACCCUGACAGACCCGGUUAUAACUGUUCAGAUCGCACGGAGACCGGUCCUUCCUACCGGCACCGAGUUCACCUCUACCCGGGGAAUGGAUCCUUGUUGCUGCGGGAUUUACAGCCCAGUGACAGCGGCGUCUAUGUGAUAACUGUUUAUGCUAAUGGUGAGAAUGCAGCCAGGGAAGACAAUGUGACUUUAACCAUCUAUAACCAGACAGAGAGUGAGACUCCUGCCCCAAGUACUCCAGAGUCAACGCAGACAAACACUACGCAGAAGAGUCCGGAGAUAUAUAUAUAUAUCAGUGCCUCUGUUGUGUGUCCCAUUAUUCUCAUCAUUCUCACCUGCUUGUACUUGUUAAUGAUCAAGCAAUACAGAGGUCGUCAGCCACAACAGGAUUCAGUUCUCAUGGAAACAUCUGUUCAGGCUAUUGCAGGAAGGAUGCAGGACUUGGCUGAGAAUGAGGAACCAACAUCGAACAGUGAGCUUGUAUACUCCCUUCUACAUUGGACUGAGCCAAGAAACCCACUGGCUCCAGGACCUCUCACACAAGAGCAACCUCAAGAGACCAUAUAUGCUUUUGCACAGAAAGCGGACUGCAGCUGAAGAGCCUGAGCUUCAGGGUUUGAAAGGGAACUGGAUCGACAUCCAUGCUCGACAGGAAGAGAUGGACAGUGGGCUAUGGGGUGACAUUAAUGGCCAUGAAGCCAAUGCAGCUUUACAGGGCCUUAUGCAGAUCCAGUGAAAGGCCUUUUUUGGGACACACUGAUGUGCAAUAAAGUACCGAAUGCAAUCAGGGAUCCUUAGAAGAUCCAGUGAAAGGAUCCCUGCUGCCCAUGGAGCACAUUCAUGUGUUAAUAGCACUGAGCCUUGAGGCACAUCAGAAAGGCCCCACCGUGUUGGGACCUCUUUGGCCAUGAUGCUGCCAAUACUGGGGGUAGGCCUCUGCUUUGCACGAUGAUCAGGUGACAGCAAGUCAGCUGCCUCCCUCCCCAUUGACACCAGUGGGAAUAAAAAUCCGGAGCGAUGUAA